AUGGAUCGCUUCAUCCAAAGAUCCAAACGCACUCAAAAUCUUUCUCCAGCAAACACUGCAAUAAUCGAUUCCAACGGGCGGCAAGCCUCCGAACCGCUGAAGAAGAAGGCUCGCAUUGGCGAGGUCAAGGACAGCGAUGCCGAAGACACAGAGCCAACCCCGGACUCAAUCACUGAGAUUGACGGGGACCUGUUGCUCCUCAAGGAGUCGUCUGGUUCGGAUGAGUCAACGUUAGAUCCGGAGCUGAGCGAUCACCACGCCUCCGAGCCGAGGCAUCAGACAGCCUUCGAGAGUUCCCUUCCCGCGGUAGCAACCGGCGAGAAAGCUGUCGAAGAGUAUGAGGUUUUGUGCGGGUCCCAGAUCUCCCAGAACGACGCAGAGGCCGCUUCGGCCAGGAUAGGCACCAAGCAGUGGGUUCGAGGAAGGAGCUCCAUCUAUGUCGACGCAUUCAAUCUAGCCCUGGACACCGUUUUAGAAGACGAGUCUCACCUCUUUGACGCAAAAGAAAAAUCUGUUUUUGAGCACUGGCGGAGCUUGGGCUACGAAGCUCAGUACCUGUGA